AGCAGCCGUCCCAUGGCUUGAAACCGGGGAAUAACUGUGGACCACAGUGGAUUUAUUGCGCCACACGAGCCUAGAGGUGCGAAACGGCGUCGCAGGAGCGGACUAUGUUGAUACGGAUGAGAAUUUAGCAUCUUUGAGUUGCCUUUCGGUCGCGGUUGCAUACCCGGACAGAGACAACACAGACAGAAAUAAGUACCAGAGCCGCCGCGACACCACCGAGCGAACUUGGCUUCUCUUCCCGGUGGGAGGUGUCUGUCUGUCGGCUACGGCUCGCUGCACAAACCGCUUCUCGCCACGCUGUUCGGACCUUUCUUUAGAAGGACACGGUUGUAACUAAGUUAUGUUUUUGUAAAUAGCUUAUUUUUUGGCUUUUUUGACAACCAACUGUGGCUUUAAUGUGACGCACUAUACUGACAUUAGUGCUGUGUCGGAGCGGACCCCCCUUCAGAGGAGUUCCAGGCUUUAAAUCAAGUUUUCACCUUCAUAUUUCUCUGGUUCCCGGACAGACCUCACCAAUGGAAUAGUGACAAGGGCCGAAGCAGAUCAAGCUGGGCCAGGCUGGGCCAGGCUAGGCCUACCUAGCCUUCUGUCUGGCCUCACCAGACGGGCCAGCGACCUCUACACUCCCAUCCUCAACGAUCUGUGGGAGCUUCAGCCUGUUCUGACAGACCCUUCAGCUGUAACAGAUUGGAUUCCAACCAUCUUUUGUUUUAUCAGUCCUCUGAGGCCAUAGUGGUCUGUUCUAUCUCCAGUCCUUCCAUGUCGUGGAUGUCCCUCUCUGGAUGUUGGAAACAGGAUGGAUUCGCGUGUUAAUUUGACGGUUGUCACCUCAUUGCAGUGCUUGCACCCCCCCUCCUUUGACUGGCUUUUGACUUUUCCCUCCCCAAUCUCUAAGCGAAAGCCCCUGCCUCUCUCUUGGGGCUUCCCGGAGCCCUGUACAGGAGGGCCUUGUUGGAACUGUAGGUUGUUUUGUUGAAACAGUUGACAUUACAAAGAGGAAGCAGAUUUACCCAUCCCUUUUUCUUUUUUCCUGCGGUGUUAUUUGAGGUUGGAGAGCUUUUCAUUUCACAAAAGAAGCUUGCUAGCAGAGAUUUGUGCCUGCAUACACACGGUGUACAUAGGUUUUAUUUAUAAGUACAGAAUUCUUCUUUUUUGUGGUCUUAGCCUGGGGAGGAAUGUCUGAAAGCAGCAGUAGCAGCAGUAAAGCGGUAAUAUUCAUUGCCCCGGCCUCCCCUCCUCCCUCAGCCUCUCCCUCUCCAUCACCCCAGACCCCCAAUAAGAAUGUGAAUGGCUCCGCCAGUUCAGACACGGACGUGGUGGAAAAGCUCAGUGUCCACCCUGAGGUCCAGCGGCGGCGCCACACCAUGGAUAGAGACUCCAAAAUAGCCGAGCACCGCUUCUUCCGCCGGAGUGUCAUCUGUGACUCCAAUGUCACAGCUUUGGACCUGCCCAGCAAAGCAGCUGUGAUACUCACCUCACCCCCAGACUGCCAAGGUCCUCCCACCUUCUUGCUUCCCCAAGCCCCUGGACAUGGGCUGCGAGACGCUGAAGGAGAUGAGCUCCCGAGAGGUGUGCAAAGCUCCAUCCUGCAUCCCGGCCUGGGGACUGGGGGGGCAGCUGCGGAGGGGCACAUAGAAACUGCAGAGGAAGAUUUAAGUAAAGGCGGGAUUAAAGUUGCUGUUCCCACGAGUAGUAUUGAAAAAGAACGUAGUGCAGAAGGGGCCGUGAAAGAGCCCAGCCCGGCAUUAUUGGAUGUUACCGAAAAAACUGCCGACAAACAGCCUGACGUCACAUUGAGGCCCAGAGGAUGCGAGGAGGCACAAAAGGUAACAAAAGAUGGAAAAGCAAUAGAACAUUUGGACGGGGGGAGUGUUAGCAGUCCGACAGAGGAGAAAGACAAGGAGACGGAGGAGGAGAGGGGGCUGGCCAAAGCACGGGCGGAGCAGAGGGAGGCAGAGAAACGAGUGCAGGAGGAUAUAGAGGAGGUGGAGACAAAAGCUGUGGGCACUUCUACAGACGGGCGCUUUUUGAAAUUUGACAUUGAGAUUGGAAGAGGGUCCUUUAAGACUGUGUACAAGGGACUGGAUACAGAGACUACUGUGGAAGUGGCAUGGUGUGAACUCCAGGUGAGUCCAGUCUCAUAAAACU